GUUCUCCAUCUCUUCGGUUCGCCACACGAGUACCUUGCAUUUCUCUUCCCGUGACCGGUCGUGCUUGGUCGUCGUCGUCGAUCGUUCUUCCCGAUUCCUCCGUACCUCUGUCCUUAGGAUCGCCUUCUCGCCGCCGUUCGCCAAGAUGUUGCUGAUUCAACCGUCGGAGGAGAUGUCGAAGCAGAUUCGCAUGGAGCUGAACGAAAACGUGGCGACUCGCGACAAAGAUGUGGAAGUCAUCAAGGAGUGGCUGUCCAAGCAACCUCACUUGCCUCAGUUCGAUGACGAUUAUAGGCUAAUGACGUUUCUCCGUGGCUGCAAGUUCUCCUUGGAAAAAUGCAAGAAAAAGCUGGACAUGUAUUUUACGAUGAGAUCCGCGAUACCGGAGUUCUUCUGCAACCGAGACGUUACCAGACCGGAAUUGAGAGACAUCAUCAGAGUGAUUCAGAUUCCCCCAUUGCCAGGCCUGACGAAAAAUGGUCGUCGCGUGAUCGUGAUGCGAGGCAUCGACAAGGACUUGCCAACACCGAACGUAGCCGAGGCGAUGAAAUUGGUUCUGAUGAUAGGCGACAUACGUCUGAAGGAAGAAUCAGUCGGUGUGGCGGGUGACGUGUAUAUCUUGGACGCCAGCGUCGCGACGCCGUCACAUUUUGCUAAGUUCACGCCAACCAUCGUGAAGAAAUUCCUGGUCUGCGUUCAAGAGGCUUAUCCAGUGAAGCUAAAGGAGGUGCAUGUGGUAAACGUCAGCCCUCUUGUCGACACAAUCGUCAAUUUCGUGAAACCGUUCAUCAAGGAGAAAAUUCGCAACAGAAUCUUCAUGCACAGUGACUUGAAUACAUUGUACCAGUACAUCCCUAGGGAAAUAUUGCCUACCGAAUAUGGCGGCGAUGCUGGGCCCAUUCAGGCUAUUCAUGAAACCUGGGUAAAGAAACUGGAAGAAUACGGUCCCUGGUUCGCGGAGCAGGAGUCUAUCAAAGCGAACGAGGCGCUUCGACCAGGAAAGCCAAAGACACACGACGAUUUGUUCGGGCUGGACGGAUCGUUCCGACAGCUGGUGAUCGAUUAAACCGAGACAACCCUUCCACGUCGAUCAGUGACAACUCGAUCAACUUUCAUCCCGGUGCUAACGCGAAGAAAAUUCACUCUGAGGAGGAGACGUGAUAGGACUACGUGUUCGAUGAGCAACAACGCGUUACUUCGAUAACACGUGCACUUCCGGUGUAAAAUUUAAGAUGGAUCAUCUAGACAGAUCAAUGCAGGAUUUCUCCAUCAUCUCUACAUCGAAUUAUUACACUCGAAAUUAAUUUUCUGCAGCUGCGAUUUUCAAUUUUCUCCGUUCUACGAUGUCUGUAAGGGAAUUGCUGUAAUUCCGUUUAAACGAUUGCUGUUGUUCUAUGAUACGAAUUUCAAAGUACUUUCGAAAUCAGAUGCCGAGAGAAAGUAAAUAAUCGAGUAGAUAAUCGAUUUAAAAAUUUUCAUGGUACAUUUAACACUAGGUUUACAGACGUUAUCUGUAUACCUAUU